AAAUUUUAUGAAUAAACAUCAGAAGCCGGUGCUAACAGGCCAGCGGUUCAAAACUAGGAAGAGGGCUAUGUUUUGUCUGUUUGGGCUCCCCUUGCCCUCUGCCAACCUCCCAACCCUGCCAGUGUUGCUGUGGGAAACAUGACAAUUCCUUGGAGGCUAGCCUGCUGUGGGACAUAGAAACAAUUUAAGGUGGUUGUUGGCAUUCCUGGAAGGGCAUGUACCUGCGGCCAUUGAACAGUGGAAUUCAAAACGGUGACCAGAGCCGUCACGGUGGGACACCUCCUGGAGGCUACUAAAGUCGAUGUAAGUAACGCAGCAUCUACACGGACACUGCGUUGACCUAACUACGUCAAGCUAAGUGCAAUGUCUCUCAUGGAGGUGAAGUUAUUAAAUCGGCAUCGCAGGCUCCUGUGAAGUGUGAGAGGGGGUAGGAUCUGGAGCAAAAUCACCAGUGCCUGACCAGGCUAGAAAAACACAUGCCCACAUAAAACACUGUAGGUGUCACAUGGGCCCAGUGGCAUAUUGGCAGUGCUUCAUGCAGGCCCAUGAGACCCAGAUCUAUUCCUGUGAUACCGGAGAUGGGAGUAUAUCCUUCAGAAACACACAGUCUGGCAAACUAAAGAACCAUGCAGAUGCUAUUAGCCAGAAAGUUGAUGAAAAGGAGAAAUUUGAACCCACAGUUUUCAGGGAUACAAUCAUCCAAGGCCUCAAUGAAGCUGGGAAUGACCUGGAGGCUGUAGCCAAGUUUCUGGACUCAACAGGCUCCAGGCUAGAUUAUCGUCGCUAUGCUGACACACUCUUUGAUAUCCUGAUAGCUGGCAGCAUGUUAGCCCCUGGAGGGACACGCAUAGAUGACAAUGACAAGACCAAGAUGACCAGCCACUGUGUAUUUUCUGCAGAUGAAGAUCAUGACACUAUCCGAAACUAUGCUCAGGUCUUCAAUAAACUAAUCAGGAGAUAUAAAUAUCUGGAAAAGGCAUUUGAAGAGGAAAUCAAAAAGCUCCUGUUGUUCCUUAAAGCCUUUUCUGAAAUGGAGCAGACAAAGUUAGCAAUGCUCACUGGGAUCCUGUUAGGCAAUGGAACACUUCCUGCCGCCAUAUUGACAAGCCUUUUCACUGACAACAUUGUCAAAGAAGGAAUUGCGGCAUCUUUUGCUGUAAAGCUUUUCAAAGCAUGGAUAGCAGAGAAAGAUGCCAACUCAGUUACCUCCUCUUUAAGAAAAGCCAACUUAGACAAGCGAUUGCUAGAACUAUUUCCAGCCAAUCGGCAGAAUGUGGAGCAUUUUGCGAAGUACUUCACUGAUGCACGGCUAAAAGAGCUCUCAGAUUUCCUCCGAGUCCAGCAGUCACUGGGGACUCGUAAAGAACUUCAAAAAGAGCUACAGGAACGUCUGUCUCAGGAAUGUCCAAUUAAAGAGGUAGUGCUUUAUGUAAAAGAGGAAAUGAAGAGAAACGAUCUGCCAGAGCCUGCAGUGAUUGGACUCCUGUGGACGUGUAUAAUGAAUGCUGUUGAAUGGAACAAGAAGGAAGAGCUGGUUGCAGAACAAGCACUUAAACAUCUAAAGCAAUAUGCACCCCUGCUGGCUGUGUUCAGCACCCAAGGCCAUUCAGAGCUAAUUCUUCUCCAGAAGGUUCAGGAAUACUGUUAUGACAACAUCCACUUUAUGAAAGCCUUUCAGAAGAUAGUGGUACUCUUUUACAAAGCUGAUGUCCUGAGCGAAGAAGCCAUCCUGAAGUGGAAUAAAGAAGCACAUCUUGCGAAAGGCAAAAGUGUAUUUCUUGACCAGAUGAAGAAAUUUGUUGAGUGGCUGCAAAAUGCUGAAGAAGAAUCAGAAUCCGAAGGCGAGGAGAACGAAGAUGGCUCAACAAAGCACAAUCUCUAGGCUACUGUCAAAGGGUCUUUGGGAAUGCUGUACUGUUAGAGCAAAACAGGUUUUACUUCAAGGUUAGGCUUUCCUUUUGUUUAGAAGAAUCAAGUUCUUUAAUGGAGCCCUGAGGCAUUGGAUGCUCUCCUUGGGACUCCACCUAAGUUAGUGUACAGUGAGUCAGAGUUAAAAACAUUCAGUAAGGAGCCAUACAGGAAAAGUGAAAUUAAAUACUUAUGGACUCCCUUUUUAUCAGCAGUCUUUUUAGGUCCUGUGGCAUGUGAACACUCCUGUGUCUGUUUAUAGAAUUGGUGGAUCUGUGUUUGUAGCUUAAUACUAGCUUGUGUAGGUGACUUGACACCACCACAUUUUUUUGUAUAAAUGGCUUUUUGUAUCUUA